CCAUCCAUCCAAUCACCGACCUCUCCCUCCUCCUUCCCCCUCCACUUUCUCUCUCUGAGAAAAUCAGAAACAAUCAACCAGUAGAGACAAUAAUCAUAACAAGACCUUCAUGAAACUCUCACUUCACACUUCACAGCCUCAAAAAAACCAAGCAAACCUUCCUUGAAAAAUGAACCCUUAUAUCCUCUGUCUCCUCCUCCUCCUCCUCCUCCUCUUCCCCACCGCUAAACCCGACCUGGCCUCCGACAGAGCAGCCCUCCUGGCCCUCCGCUCCGCCGUCGGAGGCAGAUCCCUCCUCUGGAACCUCUCCGAAGCCACCCCAUGUUUCUGGCCCGGCGUCUCCUGCGACAACUCCUCCUCCGUCACCCAGCUCCGCCUCCCCGCCAUGGGCCUCUCCGGCCAACUCCCUCCCAACUCCAUCUCCAAUCUGACCCACCUCCACACCCUCAGCCUCCGCUUCAACUCCCUCUCCGGCCCACUCCCCUCCGACUUCUCCUCCCUCUCCUCCCUCCGCAACCUCUACCUCCAAGACAACCUCUUCUCCGGCCCAAUCCCCGACUUUCUCUUCUCUCUCCCCUACCUCGUCCGCCUCAACCUCGCUUCCAACCACUUCUCCGGUCCCAUCUCACUCUCUUUCAACAAUCUCACUCGUCUCGCCACUCUUUUUCUCCAAAACAAUAACCUCUCUGGUUCCAUCCCAGACCUCAAUAUGACCACUCUCGCUCAGUUCAAUGUCUCCAACAAUCAUUUGACCGGUCCGAUCCCUUCCAUUCUCGCUCGACAGCCCGCCAGCGCAUUUUCCGGCAAUUCUCUUUGCGGCGAACCGCUCACUUCUUGCAAUGGCACUUCAAUUCCGACCAAAAAGAAACUCUCAGGUGGUGCUAUUGCCGGAAUUAUAAUCGGAUCUGUAAUUGGCUUAUUGGUCCUUGUGGCAAUUUUGAUCUUUUUGUGCUUGAAAAAGAGUAGCGAGAAAGCGGAUUCGAAGGAGGUUGCUGCGGUGAAGCAGACUGAAGUUGAAAUUCCGGGCAGAGGAGAUGAUUCGGGUACUGGGUAUCCGGCAAUGGCGGCCAGGAAAGGGGAUGUGAAUGUGAAUGUGAGUGGGAGUGGGAGUAAGAGCUUAGUGUUUUUUGGCAAGUCUGAGAGGGGUUUUGAUUUGGAAGAUUUGUUGAAGGCUUCGGCGGAGGUUUUGGGGAAAGGAACGUUUGGGACGGCGUAUAAGGCGGUUUUGGAGACGGGGACGGUGGUGGCAGUGAAGAGGUUGAGGGAUGUGACCGUGCCGGAGAAGGAAUUUAGGGAGAAGAUAGAGGCUGUUGGAGUCCUGAAUCAUGAGAAUUUGGUACCCUUGAUGGCUUAUUACUAUAGCAGGGAUGAGAAGCUUCUUGUCUAUGAUUACAUGCCAAUGGGAAGCUUUUCUGCACUCUUGCACGGAAACAGAGGAGCUGGCAGGACACCAUUAAACUGGGAAACAAGAUCUGCAAUUGCCCUAGGAGCUGCACGCGGGAUUGCGUUCCUCCAUUCACAGGGCCCAACAGUUGCCCAUGGAAACAUCAAGUCAUCAAAUGUCCUCCUCACUAAGUCCUACGAAGCCCGUGUCUCCGAUUUCGGCCUUUCUCAAGUUGUUGGACCAUCCUCUACUCCCAACCGCAUUGCAGGCUACCGGGCACCAGAGGUCACAGAUACUAGGAAAGUCUCCCAGAAAGCAGACGUCUACAGUUUCGGUGUACUGCUAUUGGAAAUGCUAACAGGUAAGGCUCCCAUGCAUGCUCACUUGAAUGAGGAGGGUGUGGACCUGCCAAGAUGGGUCCAGUCUGUGGUUCGAGAGGAAUGGACUGCGGAGGUGUUUGACCUGGAGCUCCUUCGGUAUCAAAAUGUUGAGGAAGAAAUGGUUCAGCUAUUGCAGCUUGCCAUCGACUGUGUUGCUCAGUACCCUGACAAGCGCCCUUCAAUGGCUGAGGUGAGUAGCCGAAUUGAGGAGCUUUGUCGUUCUAGCUUACAGCAACAGCACGACCCACUGGGCGACAUAAUCAGUGAUGAUGCAGAGGAGCAGCAGGCUUACUCUGUUGAUUCGGGUGCACCGCAAUCUUCAGUUGCAGAUUGAAGAAAACUCUCAUCAAUUAGGUGACGUGAUUUUUUUUGGGUUCUUUUUAAAAUUCUUUGGGCUCAUUUUGUCAUUGAGAAUCAACUGUGCAUCUUGUUUUCUUUUCUGAUUUUUACCUUAUACCAGCAUUUUGUUUUUUCCUUUUCUUUUCUCUCCCCUGGGCUGCCACAUCUAUGUAAUAUGUGUUGGUUAGGGGAUUUUCAUACUGUUCUUUUUUUGUUUGGGUGGUAUCUGUCAGGUGUGAAUAAUUGUGAAUUUGUUGUUUGUUUGGGAGUCUGGCUGGCCCUGUAAUUAGAUAUUUUUUGUCCGUACUUUUGGUUUCUAAGUCUGAUAAAACAUUAUUGAUUGGUUGAAACAGAGUGGAUUUUGGAUUGUUGCUUUCA